CAACAAUCCAGCCACCACACACACAGAUUUCUGAAGCGAGACACAGAGCAGGAGGAUGAGACAGACUCCGGGAGGCACUGGUGACACCGCUCUGCAAACACCAACUUGGGGACCCGAGGUGGAAGGAGGGAGCCAAGAUGCCCGUGCAAUCCCCGCUCUGAUUCCAGCCCCGGUGUUCAUCCAAGGCUGGUUUGGUGCUUGAGCAGGGGCUCACACCUCAGCUGUCCUCCAGGGAGCUGUGCUGAGCACCUUGUGACACCUGGUGAAACCUUGAGGGUUCUCAUCUCCACCCUUGGCCCUUUCCAGCCCACCUCUAUGCCUUUGGACUCCCAGAGAGGAUGUCUGUGCCCAAAAUCCAGAUAGAAGAGGCUCUGGACAGCACGGAUGCUGGCUCUGGAGGGGUUCCUCCUCCAGAUGAUCACCUGAGGACCCUCAAGGCAUUGACAGAGAAACUGAGACUGGAGACCAGGCGCCCUUCCUACUUGGAAUGGAAGGCAAAGCUGGAGGAGCAGGCUUGGAAGAGCCCCCAGCCUGAGGGAGAUGGGGAGGACGAGGCCACCAAGGCCAGAAAGACCCCAGGGGAGACUGUCCCCAUGAGGAAGGUGCAGCUGCACCUCAACGGGAGCCCUGCCCAGGACAAGGGGUCUGUCACCUCAGGGAGAAUAGGUGGCUUUGAGAGCAUCGACGAAGCUCUGACGUGGCUCAGGAAGGAGCUGGCAGAAAUGCGCCUGCAGGACCAGCAGCUGGCCAGGCAGCUGAUGCGUCUGCGCAGCGACAUCAACAAGCUGAAGAUCGAGCAGACGUGCCACCUGCACCAGCGCAUGCUCAACGAUGCCACCUACGAGCUGGAGGAGAGGGACGAGCUCGCCGACCUCUUCUGCGACUUCCCCCUCGUGAGCUCCUUCAGCCUCUCCACACCCCUCAAGCUCAUCGGGGUCACCAAGAUGAACAUCAACUCCCGCCGGUUCUCACUGUGCUGAACGGGGUGGGGGAAGGAGAGGGAAGGAUGGGGAAGAAAGAGGGAGAGGGCUCCCUCUGCCUCAUGGCUGUGUGAGGAGAGGCCGACGAGGAGUAGAGGGAGCAAACAGGGAGCCCGCAGCUGGUCUUGGUGGCAGCGUAGAGGUGGGCACUGGAACGGCCCGGGGAUGCUCGUGGGGAAGGCAGGACCCUCACAGAAGAAACCUGGAGAGCAUCCAGACCCAACACAUGGACUCAGUUCCUUUGCCAAGUCCCUUCCCCUCCUCUUCCCCCCGCAGGAUGCAGCUCGGUGUGGGUGGUUGUGCUCAAAAAUCAAAGGAGGGGUCAAAAAUCAUCCACAAAGUGAAAUUCCCUCUUCCCUUCCCCUCCUCGCAGGCUGGAGGAGCAUCACUCUCCUCCAUGGAUGUCCCCUUGGACACCAACCCUCAGCCUCUGCUGCUCCAAGUGUGGGAUCCAUGGGGCUGUUUCAGGUGGGAAGUUGAUUUCCAGUGGGAAGGAGCCCUCCCAGCGAGCAGAGGACUGUGGGUUAAACACUACCAGCCCCAGGAAGUGGUGAGAUGUGUUUGUUGGGUUGCUCCAUAGAGUCCAGGGCACUGCAGCUUCAUUUUGCCUGUGAUAUAGAUUAUGGAUUCUCCAUGGGAACAUUCAGAGAUUCCAGAAGUCUCCUGUGUGCCCUGGAAGUCAUACCCAGAGCAAUACACGUUUCUGAUCCUGUUGGAUCCUGUUGUCAGCAGCAAGACAGCCUGUGGUUCACCCUGCAAACAAGGAAGUGUUGUAUCUAAGAUAUCUCUCGUCAGAGAAGUCCCCAGGCUGACAUCCCCCAACCGCAGCACCAGCAAACCCUGGAUCCUCUGUAGCAACACACAUCCAUCAGAGAGAAGAACUUCAAGAGGAGAAAAGGGGACUUUUGGGUCAUGAACUCAAAAUGGGACUCAAAAUUAAAUCGAGAAAUUGCUAUGAUGAGCUUUGGACCUGCAGCAACACAGGGGGUUCCCUCCCUGCCCAGCAGAAUGUGAGAUGGAUGCUGUAUUUUCUUGCCUUUCAGUGCACACGGCUGCCUGUAUCUGGCACAGGGGGCAGAGAUCUCUGGUGCUGCCCAGCAAGGGACUCCAGGGGUCUUGCCGCGGCAGUUUUGGGACACCUGGCACCCAAGACGAUACAGAUCAAGUGUGGAUGCCUUCAGGCUCUCCCUCCUGUGCCCACACCGCUCCUGACCCUGUCAGAGCGGAACAAUCCUGCCCAUGGUGGCCCUGCCACGGCAGGAGGGUUGGAACCAGACGAUCUUUGUGGUCCUGUCCAACCCAAACCACUCCACGAUCUCAGCCCAACUCUGCUCCUCACCGCGUGCCCGAGCAGGAGCAGCUCUUGGCUGAGCAGACCUGGCUGUGUCCACAGCGCCAGCCCAAGGCCUGGGAAGGAGCAGGAGGAGCAAUCCCACUGCUCUGGAAGCCGUGGCUGUGUCAAUGUGCCUGUAGCUGUCUGUGAGCUCUGUGUGUGUGUGUGUCAGUUGCUCUGUGUGUGCAUCUGAGCCCGUGGGAUGCCUCUCCCUGGAGGCUCCGGGCUGGGUUCGCACCUUGUUCCGAAAUGUGAUGGGAACUGGGAUCUGGCGGGACCCCGACGUGCCUGGGGAGAUGCAAGGAGGCUUCCAGGCCUGGGGUUCCACAGGGAGUUUGAGGUUGGUGCAGAGAAGACAAAUAAAUUGUGUGCCUCCACAGGUCUGCAUGGUAGGGACAAAUUAAGGGGUUCACAGACAUGUGGGGCUGGGGACUCCGAGCUGACACCGGUCCCCCAUCCCCUACAGCCCCUGGGUGAUGCCUCCCCAUCAGCUCCAAAGCUCCCUGAGCUUUUCUUUCUGCUGAGGAAGGAGGAAUUUUAGGUGCCAGAGCUUUAUCAAUACCAUCAGCACCAUGCCUGGGUGCUAAAUCCUGUGCUCCCCAGGUUAGGAAAGUUUAUUUUGGGUUGUGACCAGACUGUCACUUGGCCUCUGGACAAGACAACCAGCUACGGUGCCCUUCAGUUUACUAGGAGCAGCCUUAUUUCCCCAUGGACAUCUUGGAAAAAAAAAACAACUCCCACCUCAUUAAAAUUCUUCUUUGUUUACUUUUUUCAUAAAAAUAAAUCAGUUUGUGUCCCACAUGUUGAUUUUCAGAGGCGUUUUCAAGCAGAAGAUAGAAAUUAUGGUCUUUCCUCGAAAAUAAUGCCUUGGAAAAGGGGCUUGGUUCUCUCUAGGGUCAGCUGGAGUGGAGUACAGAGUGGGCCUGCCUUUGGGCUCUCGUCUGGUGGCCAAAAGCAGGAGGUUAGUUCAAGCACAGUCUUAGUGGGCCAUAACACGUGGCACUAGAAAAUCAGAUGUCUGGGUUCCCAACGUGUUUUCUGCGUUAAGGGGGAUGAGGGAUGGGUGUAACUGCCAGCUGUUUGUCAAAAUGCACAAUUUUUUAAUUAUAAAACCUCUGUCUGUAUGAAUUUCUGCCUCUGGUCUCUCACUGUGUUGGGGAAGCAGCAGGAUGGUGUGUUCCAGGAUUACAGGUGUGCCAGGUGUUUUCCUGGCAGGUUUUUGGAUCCAUUCACACCCGUCCGCUCCACCUGGCAGUCCGGGAGAGAUGGGAGGAAAAUAAGGUUGGAGAACUUAUGGUGUAUUUGGACAAAAACGUGUGGGAAAGAAAGCAACAAAUUAAGAAAUAUUUUGAUGUUUUAUGUAAGUUAGCCGCUGAGUGAAAAGUGGGUCCAGGCACUCCAACUAAAUCAGGUUAGGGAGGAAAAAUAAAUAGAAAUAGGUCUGAUUUUUGCUGAAUUUUGUUUAAAAUAAAAAGUCACCCAAAUGUUGGGUCAGAUUUGAGAAACAUGAGGACAGCUCAUUGCUCCCACCACAGAAUUCCCAGAGAGGAGCCUGCAGGUCUCAGAUGUCCACAAUGAGAUGAUUCAAACCCUCCAGUGGUGCUUCCUCUCCUGUGGCUUAGAGCCACAUUCCCUUUCCCAGAAGCCUGGAGAGAAAAGCUGCUGGAAAUCAAGGUCCUGCUGAAGUCCAUCCUAAAAAUGCUUCUUUGUGGACCAACAAAUCAAAGCUGCACCUCCACCUGGAGCACCAGUGUCUGCUGCUACAUCUCUUGGAAGCAGGAAUCUUCUGGGCGCUGAUUCCAGUGUUGUCCUCAGGCACCCAGCAGUGAGACGUGUUCCCCGCGAAAUGGAAGAGCCAGUUUGAGACUAAUCCCUAGGAAUAAUUAAUUGCAUUUUUAAUUCAGGUGGCCAGGCUGGAGGACUGUGGAUUUUUCCAGGCUAACUGCUGGAAGAUAAAUUUUCAGAUUAUUUUUCCUUGCCGCCAAAAGCUCAAUGCAAAUUUUAAAGGAGGGGCAGGGAUUGGUCUAGCAUUUUAAUUGGACAAAAUUUGCUUUUACUCAAAACUUAAACACUUUGCUUAAAAUUCUUUGCUUAGAAAGAAAGACUUCAGUAUGAAGGUGCUGAGGCCCUGGCACAGGUUGCUCAGAGAAGCUGUGGCUGCCCCUGGAUCCCUGGAAGUGUCCAAGGCCAGGUUGGAUGGAGCUUGGAGUAGCCUGGGGUAGUGGAAGGUGUCCUUGCCCAUGGGUAGGUGUUGGAACUGGAUAAUUUUUAAGGUCCCUUCCAACCUAAACCAUCCUGGUAUUCUGCAAAAAAUAGUUCCAAAAAAUUUAAAUUACAUCUGAGACAUUAACACUUCAUUUUUGUUCAAACAUUGUUUUACUGUUAACUGUUAAAAUUUUUUCCUUGAA